UUUAUGAAUAGUGAGAGAGAUGUUGCGUGGGACUGCAGUGUCAUUGGAUUUCGAUUACGUCUGCUCCAAGUCGCUGGUGUAUGCUAAUUUGAUCUUUGAUCGGAGGAGCAAUCGCCGAUUAAAGACCGGCGGGAACUGAAAAUGGCAUCCACGGAGGGUCUGGUUCCCAUAACCAGGCAAUUCCUUGCUUCUUAUUACGACAAGUACCCCUUUGCUCCUCUCUCCGACGACGUUUCUCGUCUUUCCUCUGAGAUUCGCUCUUUGGCCUCUGGUUUGCUCAAGGACUUUCCUCCCUCUCAAGUUGAAAGGCUAUUGGUGGAAGAAGCGGACCGUCAGCCAGUUCACAAAAUUGACGAGAAUAUGUGGAAGAACAGAGAGCAUAUGGAAGAAAUUCUGUUUUUGCUUGAUCAUUCCCGCUGGCCGUCGGCACUUCGACAGCCAUCCACACCUGAAGAUAGUGAACUUGCUACUGAUUUAAGCAACAUCAGAGAUAAGUUUCACAAGACUUUGAAGACAUUGGAGUCUUUCCAAGUUAAAAAUUCUGAACGCAUAUUUAAUACAGUUAUGACCUACAUGCCUCAAGAUUUUCGGGGGACACUUAUCAGACAACAAAGGGAGCGUUCAGAAAAGAAUAAGCAAGCAGAAGUUGAUGCUUUGGUUAAUUCUGGUGGUAGUAUACGUGAUCGCUAUGCCCUGUUGUGGAAACAACAAAUGGAUAGGAGGAGACAGUUAGCACAGCUUGGUUGUGCAACAGGUGUAUACAAAACUCUCGUAAAGUACUUGGUAGGAGUUCCACAGGUUUUGCUAGAUUUUAUUCGGACAAUAAAUGAUGAUGAUGGGCCUAUGGAAGAGCAAAGACAGCGUUAUGGACCACCUUUAUACAGCCUUACAGCACUGGUUCUUUCCAUUCGACUGUUUAUUACGCUAUCAUGGCGGAGGUUCGAGGCUAGUAAAUUGAAUGAGCAUCAAGUUGCUAUGUUGAAACAAGCUGUUGAUGUCUACAGCCAUGAGUUUGAAAGAUUUAUCAACUUCAUCAGUGAGGUAUUUGCAAAUUCUCCUUUUUUCAUUUCAGCAGAAGUUGCUGGUGCACUUGAUGCAAGGACUAAUGAUGAAUUCAAAGAGACAAGUGUUCCAGCUGGGCAAACCCAUGAGGUUUCUUUGUUAGUGGACUCAAUGAACUCAUACAUUGCUUGGGAUUUCUCUUUGAUACAAGGCAAGAUGAAUAUGGAUAUUGGAUUUAGCGUGGAAUGUGUGGAUCCUUCCGGGCAAAAGACUCUGAUAUUACCAUACCGACGUUGUGAAGCUGACCAAGGGAACUUUUGCACAUGUAUGGCUGGAACCUACAAACUGAUUUGGGAUAAUUCGUAUUCAGCCUUUUUCAAAAAGGUAGAAAGACAUUCAUUUGGGAGAGUUUUCUGUGAAGACAUUUUCAUUUGGGAGAGUUUUAACAUAUUUCUGGCAUCUGUUCGUUUCGUCAGGUCAUCCGCUACAAGGUGGACUGCAUACCUCCAGUUGUGGAACCAAUGCAAUCUGCAAAUGAUGCUUAGUGACUUUAUCAAAUUCAUUUGUAUCAUUCCAUUUUUUUAGAAAUUGCAGGCGGUGAGAGAGAUUUGUUCUUAUUUUGGCACAGAAGUAUAGCAACUGUAAUAUGUGUGUACAUUACCUGGAACUUGGCAUUCUUCUUAACUGUUGUAAUGGAUGCUAGAGCUCCAUUUGUAACAAGUUCAUAAACCAUUGCUCUCUGCAUUUUUUUUCUUUA